CCUCCCUCUGUUAAAGAGUAGACAAUGAGGCCACAGAAGAUAGUCAAGAUAGCAAGGAAAUGGCAGCAAAUUGCCUCGUCAAGGAGGGCAGGAAUCUCUUUCCCGAGAACGAACCUUAAGUUGAAAGACCCACCAUAUGUAACAGACGAAGGCCAUUUUGUUGUUUACACAACUGAUCAGAGGCGUUUUGUGGUUCCGUUAUGGUUUCUCUCUAGCGACCUCUUCCAAGAGAUGUUCAAGUUGUCCGAAGACGAAUUUGGACUGUCGAGCAAUAGCCCUAUAACCGUGCCUUGUGAUGCAGCAUCGAUGGAGUAUAUGAUUUUGCUCAUUGAACGAGGUUUAGCUAAGGAUUUGGAGAAGGCUUUGCUUAGUACUCUAAUUACGUCCACUGCUUCUUUGGACAGAAAAUAUGCGGAAGAGCAAGUGCUUGUUUGCGGUUAAUAUAGGGAAUCUCUGAAUGUACAUAUAUUAAGAAUCGUGC